CUCCUCCCCUUAGGAAGCGCCUCCGCCGGGGACGAAAGGACUAAAAACGUGUCUGGUUGGGAAAGUAAACAGACGCAAGCCAAAUAAAAAUAAAAAUGCCCGCAAGCAAUCACAGGGAGGAAGCGACAUUUUGCUGGAAGUCACUUUUCUGAUGGACCACAGGCCUGCUGCGCUGAGCGCGCCGUGGGAAUGCUUCCGGGGGGGGGGCGGUCUCCUCUCCAUCUCGCGCGUGGCGAUUUCAUAUAGUCCUUUCCUACAAGGGGUGUUCCAGAUCCUGCUUCUCUGCUGAGAUUUGGGUUGCAUUUGAGAUUUGGAGAAUUCCUGCGGCUUGCUAGCUCCCAGUGUGUAAGCAGCUGGAGAAUCCGUCUUUCUGAAGAGUUCUGUGGUUUGCCAGCCAACCUCCCGUUAACUGUGUGCCAAAGAAGGACUCCAUGAAAGAUGACAGAAGAAGUGAUUGUUAUCGCCAAGUGGGACUACACGGCCCAGCAGGACCAGGAGCUUGACAUCAAGAAGAACGAGCGCCUGUGGCUGCUGGACGACUCCAAGACGUGGUGGCGGGUGCGCAACGCGGCCAACAGGACGGGCUACGUGCCCUCCAACUAUGUGGAGCGCAAGAACAGCCUGAAGAAGGGCUCCCUCGUGAGGAACCUCAAGGACACGCUGGGCCUCGGCAAGACCCGCAGGAAGCCGAGCGCGCGCGACGCGUCCCCGACGCCCAGCACCGAUGCCGAGUACCCCUCCAACGGCAGCGGCGCCGACCGCAUCUACGACCUCAACAUCCCCGCCUUCGUCAAGUUCGCCUACGUGGCCGAGAGGGAGGAUGAGCUGUCGCUGGUGAAGGGCUCGCGCGUCACGGUCAUGGAGAAGUGCAGCGACGGCUGGUGGCGCGGCAGCUACAACGGGCAGAUCGGCUGGUUCCCGUCCAACUACGUGCUGGAGGAGGCGGACGAGGCGGCGGCCGAGUCCCCCAGCUUCCUCAGCCUGCGCAAGGGCGCCUCGCUGAGCAACGGCCAGGGCGCGCGGGUGCUGCACGUGGUGCAGACGCUGUACCCCUUCAGCUCGGUCACCGAGGAGGAGCUCAACUUCGAGAAGGGAGAGACCAUGGAGGUGAUCGAGAAACCCGAGAACGACCCCGAGUGGUGGAAAUGCAAAAACGCGCGGGGCCAGGUGGGCCUCGUGCCCAAAAACUACGUGGUGGUCCUGAGCGACGGGCCGGCCCUGCACCCCUCGCACGCCCUGCCUGUCAGCUACACCGGGCCGGCGUCCAGCGGGCGCUUCGCGGGCCGCGAGUGGUACUACGGCAACGUGACGCGCCACCAGGCCGAGUGCGCGCUCAACGAGCGGGGCGUGGAAGGCGACUUCCUCAUCAGGGACAGCGAGUCCUCGCCCAGCGACUUCUCCGUGUCUCUCAAAGCGUCAGGGAAGAACAAACACUUCAAGGUGCAGCUCGUGGACAAUGUGUACUGCAUUGGGCAGCGGCGAUUCCACACCAUGGACGAGCUGGUGGAACACUACAAAAAGGCCCCCAUCUUCACCAGCGAGCACGGGGAGAAGCUCUACCUCGUCCGGGCGCUGCAGUGACCUGUGCCGUGGGCCCUCGGGUCGGGGCCGCGCCGCGCCACGCCCACCAGCUCCGGGCGCCACCACCGGGUGCGACCAUCCCUCCUGGCCGGUCUUAGAAGGAGGCGGAAGGGCCGAGUGUCUUCACUUUAUUUCUCUCCAACUAGUGGCAGCAGCCCUCUGCUCACGUGGAGACCCUGGGCGCGGCUAGAGGGCCGCCGUGCACGCAGCCAGGGCCCCCAGGCUGCGCAGGCCGAGAGGGAGCUGUCCAGUGCCUUGGGGCCGUGCUUGCAAUAAAGAAUUUUCCUCGAGAGGCAGUCUGCAGCGGAGGGACCCGGUGACUCAAGAUAAGACACGCGUUUUGGUCGUUGACCCCAAAGUGUGCCAUCCACGUAGUACUGUUUGCUCUUGCCUGUGGCUCCUUUGAAUUUCCUUUGAAUUGAUGUAUUCAAUUCUCCAAGUCCUACGUAUCUGUAGCUGGUUGUUGACACUAAUGCGGGAUGAUUCCGGAAGACAGCUGAUCUGUGGGGGAAGCGGAGCUACCAACACUCCACACACACACACACAUGUACACACCCACACACGCAUACACACACGCACAUGCACGCUGUAUACAUGUGUGUGCAUGUCUGUGUAGGUGUGUGUAUGUACUUAAAUAUUUUAUUUGCUUUACAGGGAAAUUUUUCAGGGUUUACAGAAGAAUAUGUGAUUGGUAGUCAGAGACACAAGAUGUUUAUGAAGAAAUCGUGUUCUUUUUUUCCUUUACGUUUGAACUUCUUUAUAGUUUAAAUAUACAGUCUUGAGAUGGCACAUUCCUACGAUGGAAGAAGGGGUCUUGCGAUCCCCUAAACUUGCAUACCCAGUUUUUUUGAAUAUUGUAAUAAAAAAAAAAGUAUUAUG